UACUAGUUUCUGUAGAAUUCAACCUUUCAUUAAAAAAAGAAAAGAAAAGAUUAUCCUGCAGGGUUACAUGAAACAGGAUUAAAUGAAAAUGCCAUUAUUCAAAAUGAACUGAUUUUAAAAAGGCAGUGUUGCUUUUUUGGAGUUGACAGGCAUGUUGAUGAUUCGCUGCACAGUAAAAUUUCUUUUGUCACUUUUAUCUGCUGUCAAGGAGAACCCCUGUGGCCAGUGAUUAAAGCCAAUUUGGGUUGCACCGAUUUCACUUUGCUGCAGAGCAUGGAGGAUUUGGAGAGGGAAGAAGGAAUGUCCAAAUCCAUUCCAGUAUUCCUUGUUUGGGAAAGACAUAGGUUUGAAAUUGGAAUCAUGUGCCAUGAUUCAUGGCACCUGAAAUAUUGCAGGGCAGCCUGCUGGUAGAAUCUGUGUCCUCUGCUUGACUUUUUUCAGAAGCCGUUUUGGCACAUGAAGGACAGAUUCUUACCAAGACAGGGUUGCUGGGCUGUGCUGCUGCUGUUUUUUCAAUUGUCUAAUACAUUUUUUUAAGUCCCACACUGAGCCUAAUGGUAUUGGUGAUGAGACAUUGAAAAUUUUUAGGCUAAACCUGGAUUGCCAAGCAAGUCACCUAACUCUUCAAAGAUGCUGAAUACCCAUAGCUCUUAAUGACUCAAAUGAGUAAUUUGCUUCACUGGUAACUGCAGAUUUUGGCCUUUUUUAAUUUGAAAGAAGUGAUAUCUUACUUCAAGUCUGUAUAGGCUGAAAAAUUCUGGUUCAUCAGCAGCAUGGUAAGAUUAAUGUCUUGUCAUUUGCAGCAGUUUUUACAUAUCAAAACUUGAAGGAGUUUUACUGAAAUUCAAGUGUAUUGGAAAAUACCUCUGUAAUAUCUGUGUGCUUAUUUUGAUGGAUGAUAACAAUAGGCUAUCUGAAUAGGGUUGGCAUAACUGUGGGGAAUCGUUUUUAUAUCUUAUGUUCUUCAAAGGUAUUUAAAUAGGACACUGUUGGGGGGCCCAGGUAUUUCUUUUAUAUUUUAUAGUUUUAGAGUUGUCUGGACUCGGUAAUGGACGAGAAUUACCAGUAGAAGAGGAGGAGACAGUUUAAAUGCAUGUGGGAGAUUCCGGACCUAGGUACUACAUGCUUUUUGAUGCUAGCUGGGAGGGAACUUGAUAUACACUUAUGCCAACCUUUCUUAGAAAAAGCAGGCUCCUGGAUUCACGUUCCAAGACUGCAAAUCUUGUAUGCAGAGAAAAAGUAUGAAUAUGACUUGAUUGAUUCUUGAUCUCUGAAAGUAUUUCUGCAUGUUCAGUGGGAUGUAUUAAGAUCAGGAAUUCUGCUGUAGUACUGAGGGAGAAGAACCGUGAGCAACAACUUGAAAUCAUUUAAAUAUAUUUCUUAGUCUCAGAAAAGCAAUAAUACAAAAUGAAUGGAUAUUCUGAACUUGCAAAUAACUGUAGUCAAAUGCUUGCUGAGGAGACUAAUAUUCAAACAAAGCCUGAACAACAUCAGGAUGCUCUUCAGGAGGAUAUUGAGAUGAGCAGUGGUUCUAGUGGUAAUGACUUUAGUGGAAAUGACACAAAUGAAAACUACUCCAGUGGGCAUGAUUCUCAUGGCAAUGAAUCAGAUGAAAAUGGGAAAGAUUCAGCAAUGCUUUUGGAAUCUUUAGACUGUCAUAAAAGCUCAAAUGCAUUUAACCUGAUGAUUGCAAACUCUGAACAUAAUCAGUCUACCAGUGGAUGCAGCAGUGAGCAGUCCACAAAAGCCAAAACACAAAAGGAAUUGAUGAAAACAUUGCAAGAGCUAAAAGCACACCUCCCAUCUGAAAAGAGAAUUAAAGGCAAAUCUAGUGUCCUGACAACACUGAAAUAUGCACUGAAGAGCAUUAAACAAGUUAAAGCCAAUGAAGAAUAUUACCAAUUAUUGAUGACAAAUGAAAGCCAUCCUUCUGGUCUUGAUGUGUCCUCCUAUACAAUUGAAGAAGUUAAGAACAUCACUUCAGAAUACAUCAUGAAAAAUGCAGACAUGUUUGCUGUGGCAGUUUCCCUGGUUACUGGGGAAAUCUUGUACAUCUCUGAUCAAGCGGCGUCUAUCCUCCACUGUAAGAGAGACUAUUUUAAAAAUGCCAAAUUUGUGGAGUUCUUGGCACCUCAGGAUGUCAGCGUGUUCUACAGCUCUACUACUCCCUACAGGCUGCCAUCAUGGAGUAUUUGCAAUGGAGCUGAGUCUUCCACCCAAGACUGCAUGGAAGAGAAGUCUUUUUUUUGCCGCAUCAGUGCAGGAAAAGAGCAUGAAAAUGAGAUCUGCUACCACCCAUUUCGUAUGACUCCUUACCUUAUCAAAGUACAAGAUGCAGAGAAUGCAGAAGACCAGCUUUGCUGUGUGCUACUUGCAGAAAAGGUGCACUCUGGUUAUGAAGCACCCAGAAUUCCUCCUGAUAAAAGAAUUUUUACAACUACGCACACCCCAAGUUGUUUGUUCCAGGAUGUGGAUGAAAGAGCUGUACCUCUUUUAGGAUUCCUACCUCAAGACUUGAUAGGAACCCCUGUAUUGGUGCAUCUUCACCCAAGUGACAGACCUUUAAUGCUAGCAAUUCACAAAAAAAUACUUCAGUAUGGUGGACAGCCUUUUGACUACUCACCAAUCAGAUUCUGCACUAGAAAUGGAGAAUAUAUAACUCUGGACACAAGCUGGUCCAGUUUCAUCAACCCAUGGAGCCGAAAAGUCUCAUUUAUUAUUGGAAGACAUAAAGUUAGAACGGGACCCUUAAAUGAAGAUGUGUUUGCUGCUUCUCCUACCUAUACAGAGGAUAAAAUCCUUCAUCCCAAUAUUCAGGAAAUUACAGAGCAGAUAUACCGACUACUGUUGCAGCCUGUACACAACAGUGGAUCCAGUGGUUAUGGAAGCUUGGGUAGCAAUGGAUCACACGAGCAUUUAAUGAGCAUGGCAUCGUCCAGUGACAGCAUUGGGAACAACAAUGAAGACACCCAAAAGGACAAGCCUGAGAUUUGUCACGAUCCACGUAGAGUCAGAAAUAAAGGGCAAUAUGUCUUUACUGACUGUAGAGCAAAGUUGGAACACAAGAAAAAGCCUUUUGCAGAAAAAACAAAUGGUCCCACGGUUCAUAUGAAAGAUGCAUCUGGAAUGAAUGCUGUAGCCAUUGCUGCCCAUAAGAAUGUGAUUACAGAGGAACUGGCUUGGAAGGAGCAACCUGUGUAUUCCUAUCAACAGAUUAGUUGUUUAGACAGUGUCAUCAGGUACCUGGAGAGUUGUAAUGUGCCUGGUACAGUGAAGAGGAAAUGUGAACCAUCAUCAAAUUCCACUUCACUGAAUUCUGAUGAUCAUAAACAAAAAACAGUUAAUGCUGUGCAGCCUAUGAGAGACCCUGCUUUGAAGACAUCUAAAAAGUCAAAUGGUCCUCCAGUAGUUGGUGCUCACUUGACUACUUUGGCUCUACCUGGAAAACCAGAAAGUGUUGUGUCUUUCACCAGUCAGUGCAGCUACAGUAGUACCAUUGUUCAUGUUGGAGACAAAAAAACGCAACCUGAAUUAGAAAUGAUAGAAGAUGGUCCGAGUGGAACAGAGAUCUUAGAUGGUCAGCUUUUUGCCCCUCCAUCCAACAGUACUCAUGUAAACCAAGAAAAGGAGCCAUUUAAAAAAUUGGGUCUUACAAAGGAAGUCCUUGCAGUCCACACACAAAAAGAAGAGCAGAGUUUUCUGACUAAGUUUAAGGAAAUCAAAAAAUUCCACAUGUUUCAAAACCGCUGCAAUUACUACUUGCACGACAGACCUAAAGGAUGUCCUUGUGAACGUGGUGUUCGUGGUCAAAGAAAUGGUAUUUCUGGAAUGGACCAAUCUUGGAAAAAAAAUGGAAAAAACAGGAAAUCAAAGUCUAAACGAAUAAAGCCACAAGAAUCCUCAGAUAGCACAACUUCUGGAACAAAGCCCCCUCACCGAUUUCCACUACAAGGUCUAAAUAGCACAGCUUGGUCGCCAUCAGAUACAUCUCAAGCAAGCUACCCGGCCAUGUCUUUCCCUACUGUUAUGCCUGCAUAUCCACUUCCAGUUUUUCCAACAUCAGGAACUGUACCACCAUGUCCUGAGACAUCCCUCUCAGGUUUUAAUGAAUUACCAGAUGCUGGCAGUAGUUGUCCCAUGCAAACAUCACAGUUUUCUGCACCUCUUGUGACACCAGUAGUAGCACUAGUGCUCCCCAACUAUAUAUACCCUCAAAUGAACAACAGUUUGCCACAGACACUUUAUCAUGGCCAGCCUAGUUUUCCUGCCCAUCCCACUCUCUCUUCACCAUCCACGUUUCCCCCACCACCUCCAUUUGCUGCUCCCAACUCUUUCCCCCAACAGACAUUUUUUCCAGCACAGUCAUUCCAGUAUAGUCCACCAACAGAAAGUGAAAAAGUUCCUGUCGUGGAAUCACGAAAUGAGCAGUCUCGUUCCUCCACUCCACAGUCUCUCGGCCUACGAGAUCAAGCCUCACCGCCUUUGUUUCAGUCAAGAUGUAGUUCUCCUCUACAACUAAAUCUUCUGCAAUUAGAAGAAAUCACCAAAACUGCUGAAAGUGGUACUGCUUCUGGCUUAAAUGGAGCUUUGCUUGAAGGAGCUGCCACAAGCAAAACCGUGUCAACGGAGGAGUGCAGCAGAAAGGGUUCUUUACCUGUGGAAUCUCUAAUGGAAGCUCAGAACAGUGAUGCGCUCUCUAUGUCAAGUGACUUGCUUGACAUUUUACUUCAAGAGGAUGCAUGUUCAGGCACUGGUUCAGCUUCAUCGGGUAGUGGUGUGUCAGCAGCUGCUGAAUCAUUAGGAUCUGGAUCCAAUGGCUGCGGGAUGUCAGGGAGUAGAACAGGCAGUAGUGAAACAAGUCAUACCAGCAAAUACUUUGGGAGUAUUGACUCUUCAGAAAAUCAACAUAAAACAAAAAAGAGAACAGAAAUGGAAGAAAAUGAGCAUUUCAUUAAAUAUGUCCUUCAGGAUCCUAUCUGGCUACUGAUGGCUAAUACAGAUGAUGCUGUUAUGAUGACAUACCAGAUACCAUCCCGAAAUGUGGAAGCUGUUUUAAAAGAGGACAGACAGAAGCUAAAGCAAAUGCAGAAGUUCCAACCAAAGUUUACAGAAGAACAAAAAAAGGAACUUAUUGAGGUUCAUCCAUGGAUGCAGAAGGGUGGACUUCCAAAAGCAGUUUCUAACUCAGACUGUAUCUACUGUGAGGACAACCUACAGAGCAGGUUUAACACAUCAUACGAUGAAGAAAUCCAUGAAAUGGAACUUAAUGAAAUGAUUGAAAACAUUGGAGAAAACAAUUUGUCUGCCUUAACUCAAGCCAGUGAAGAACAAACAUAACCUUUGACACUUUAGAAAAGCUGCUUUAAGCCCUGAUGUUGCAUUGGCAGGUCUUAAAGAUUUUGAACCUUGUUUCUAGUGAAAUGAACCUGGUUUAUAAAACAAAUGGAUUUUUUGUUCUAGAAAAGUCGUUUGUGAAGGAAUCUCUUUGAAUAGAGGAAUUCCCUUCCCUCCCCAGAAAGGACGUUGUUGAAGUUGGUAUGCUAUUUAUGUAAAAAAUAACAUAAAAUCUUUCUCUUUAUAUAUAUAAAUUGUCUUUCAAAUCAGAAUGCCUCUUAUUUGGUUCCUUGAACUGUAAAAGUUUUCAUGACAGCCUACUGAAUUGAUAGACUAAUGAAUAUUGCAAAAUACACUAGUGCUUAAUUUAUUUUUUCUUCAACUCUUAGUAAUGAUGCAUUGUAUUGUUCUUGUAAUUUCUAAACAAAUCUUUAAACCUAGUUAACAUCUUGGAGUCACUCUUAUUUAUUUUUUUGUAAUUACUCCAACAUUAUGGAGAAACAUUCCAAUAAUUUGCAAAUAAUCUGAUUCACAAUUCUUGCCCUUAUUCCAAUCAAUCUAUCCAGUCCUCUUGUUCCAGUUUACUAUAAUUAGAUGCUGGAAAUACUUUAAUAGCUUAUUACAAGCAACCACAUCUCAUCAUGUAAUUUCUAGGAGGACAUAUAUUAAAAAGUGUUAUGAAUGUAUUAAAUGUGAGGGUUGACAACUUUUUUGUUUAUUUUUUUAAGUCUCAUAUUUUAGCGAGCAUUGAAGCAUUAUGGACUGCUUGUUACACUGACAGAUUACCUUUUGAAAACUUGUGUCCAGGAUACCUGCAAGCUUAUCAGUUAGAAAGACUGAACUGCAGAGAAGAUGCGUCUGCACAGCACUCACUGGAAAGUUUGCAACCAAUCUGUACUAUUCCUUCAGUCUUGUUCCUUCAUGAAGUUGGCCAUCAGCUUUUCUGUUCUGGCUACAUAAACAUUAAACUUGCAUGUUUUGGGAAUAGAUAAGAGAUUGUUCCUUUCAGGAUAAUUGUUACACACAGAAGAAGUUUUGAGAAAAGUAAUGACUUCAUAUUUGAGUUGAAUGAACUGGAGCUAAGUGGACAGAAGUUCUUUACUUUCUGGGGUUUUGUGUUGGUGCCUCUGGAGUCUAAAUGACCUGAUUUUUUUUU